AUGGCCUCGAUCCUCCGUCGUAUUCUGAGUGUCCGGAAGCCGAAGAAAGUGCUGACGCGAAAGGAUUCCAUCACGGGCCGCAACCACACUUUCGUCAGUCACUGUCAAUGGCAAAUACGUGCUAAUUUGAUAGCGAAAAUAUUUGAAUUCUUCCAUUUUUUCCCCUUUGUCAAUCUAAUCAAGUGUAAACAUCGUCAAAUGGGUCGGGCCUAGGGGGGAAUCAACACUUCUGAAAAAGAAAAAAAAAGGAGAAGGAAACAAGAGACGAUUUUCAGGAAGUGCCAUACUUGUCUCGAUUGGAUGGAAACCAACUGCAGCCGGGUCAAUCUUUGAUUGCCAGAGGAUACAUUACAGGAUCCGAGGGAUUCAUAGUGAACUUGACCUCGGGACCGCGUGUCGAACUGGACGAGGACGAUGGCGGAGAGCUCGACGACCGGCUCCUGGCCCUUCGGGUCGAUCUCGCCAAGGGAAAGGUGUACAUGAACGCGUGCAUCAACGGCCAAUGGGGAAAGUUAGUGACUUCCCAUCAGCCCAACGGCAAUCAGACAACUUUUCCAGAGAAGCCUUCGUGAAACAGUCCUACAAAGAGGGCGACGAGUUCGACAUUCGAGUCCGUUGUUUCGAGCAGCAUUUUGAGAUCUACGUGGAGCACAAACUGAUUGCGAACUUCAAGCAUUACGUGCCAAUGAGCAACAUCUCGCACAUUUAUGUGACUGGCGAUGUCAGGCUCUACGCCGUCUCGUGGGAGGGAAAACUUUAUGUGAGCUUGCAAUUCACUUCUCGACAAUCCUCCCCUCCGAUUGCAGAACAUGCCGUACACAGCGGACAUCCCCGGCAACUUCUACGUCGGCCGCAAACUGUUCGUCUCGGCAAUCGCGGACAAAAAGCCCAAGGAACUUGCGAUUGAUUUCUUCGCCGGAGAAGACGUUCCCUUCCGAUUGCACGCUUCUUUCGUUCAGAAGAAGGUGCUCCGGAGCAGCGAUAUUUCUGGCACCGUCUCGACUCCAGAAAGCAGCUACGAGGGCAAGAAUAAGUUUCCGUUGAAGGGGAAACGCUCUUUUGAUAUUCUGAUUUACGCUGCCGAUGACAAGUUCUUGGUAGGAAAGGAUCUCUAUGUGCUCUUUCCAGCAAUUCCAUUCUCAGGUGUUCAUCAACGACGUUCUCUACUGCACAUUCGAUCAUCGCAUUCCGGCCGCCAAAAUCGAACGUCUUCAGAUCACCGGCGAUAUCCAACUGAUCGGCGUCCACAUAAAGUAG